GAAACAUGAUUUAUGUGAAUGUACGGGAGAAAAUGAAUAAUUUCUGAACAGUAUAUAUAAUACUUAGUAUAUUUUUUUGGCCAUUUUAAAAUCCCGUGUUGACGAAGCGGUUGAUAUCGACCGCUGUCCCUAUCUCUAAAACUAUGCAUUGUAUGAAAAAAAUUAAAAUAGUUCUGUUCCUCAGGGAACAUGUCAAAAAAGAUUGAAAAUCUAAAAAAAAAUAUUUUGAAAAAUAUUAAGUUCAAACAUAGACAUUUAAUUAAGAGGUUUUGCAUGCUAGGACUAAAUAUAUAGGUUAGUGAUAAGAAUAACAUGUUUUUGCAACCACUAAUAAUUAAAAAAAACGAGUGACAUGUGCAACUAAUACAUAUAUAUAUAUAUUUAAUUAUACUAAUAGCUCCAUUUUAGCAUAUACCUGUCAGAUUAUAUCAUGGAUGAAUCUUAAAUCAUAACGGGUUCACAAAUUUCUCAAAAGUUCAAUACUCUCUGCUUUCCCUUGGUUCCCUUUAUAAGGAAGACACGGAGACAUCAUUCUUCAGUUCAACUCAGCCUUUUCUUCAGGAGACUUGAAACAUCAGAAACUUGAUAAUCAGAACUGACAAGAAAGAUGAAUCCAAUCUUAAGUAUUUGCCUUCUUCUUAUCUUCAUGGCUUCAGCAAUAGAAGCUCACCCCUCUGAGAUUUUUAAGAGACAUUCAAUGCCCUCAGCAUUAAGUUCUGCUGAGCGUGAAAGCAGAAACAUUAAAAAUACAUUUGGACUAUCAGAUGAUGCUCCAGAACCUAUUGAGAUCACUACUGUAGCUACAGAUCAAACAACCGUUACGGACAUUGAAGAAGACGAAAACAUCACUAAGAAAAUUACCAAUAAUCUUCCUAAUUAUCUUGAAACAACAGCAGAAAGGACAGGGAAGCAGCACAUAAUUGAUCUUCAACUUUUGUCUCCAAGUCAAUAUCCUCUUCAUUACCUUGAAAAUCAGCCCCAAGCUCCUAAAGUUCUGCAAACCCUUGCACUAGCUCAGAAAAAUGGGAUUCUGAUUGACCAGUUUGGAAACACUUUCAAGUUAGCUGAAAUUCCAUCUCAUCUACGCCAAAUCAAUUUUGAAAAUCCUGUAGUUGGAAACAAUGUAGAUUUACUAGAAGAAGAUCCAAUCAAUGACACAGAGUUUAUUGAAGAUGAAACAAGCACUGAAACUAUUUUAGUACAAGAUAUUGCUACAGACAAUGGGGUGAAAUGUGUUAAAAAGGUAAUGCAGGUUGAGGAAAUUGUUCAUGAUAAUAUCAUAAAGUGUUCACACUCAUUUGCUGAGAAAUGCCACAACACUUUUAUCACAGAUUAUGCACCAUCUCAGGAGGAAAAGUGUUCAACAAGCUUUGAAAAGAAUUGCCAUAUCACCUACCAACCAAUGGCCUUUGAUGAGAAGGUUGAGAUUUGUGAUGAGCCCUUGAAGAAAGUUUGCAAUGAUUCUAUAACUGGAGAGGAGGUUUGUCGGACUGAGUAUGAAACUUCCUGUGAAACCAGGUACAAGAUCCAUACUGUAGAGCAAGAUGAACCUGUUUGUAAAGUGGUUAUGGAGAAGAAGUGUGAUGGUGUUGUGGUAGACAAUCAAGAUCAAGCAAACAAUGGAAGAGGAAGGAGAUCAAUUGCUAGAAUAGAAAAUGGAGAAGAAUUUAUCCGACAAGCAGAAAACUGUGAAGAAUGGCCAGUACAGAAAUGUACACUAGAGAAGAAAACUGUCACUAAAUCCAACCCUGAAACUUCUUGUCAGAAGCAUCCUAAAGAAGUUUGUACAACAUCCAACUGUAAAUUUGUUCAGAGUGAGAAGACCUGCAGAGAGGAAACAAGAAGUCUUGUGCAGAAUAUUCCAAGUGAGGAUUGUGACCUUGAGCCUAGGGAGACCUGUAAACUGGAAACAGUUCUAGUUCCACGUUUAGUUGAGAAACCUAACUGUGUUCAGGUUCCAAAGGAAAUUUGUGUUGAAGUUAAGACUAAUCCAAGAAAGGAAUCAAAGCCUGUUGUAAAGGAAUGGUGCUACCGCCCUCAGGACUUCCAAGCAAGCUCCACCAAGGAAGUAUUAGAUCUUCUUCUGAACAAGCUCAAUAAGUAGAUGAUGACUAUAUUUGAGGCUGGGCAUUCGAUCCUGAAACAAUGUCUGAGAAAUCAAUUAUCACUUUAUACUAUGGUCUUCCACAUUUCAUAUUACUUCUUAAAUACUUUUCAAUAUUUCUAAUUUUUUUAUUUGAUUUAUUUUCUAUCUUGUUGGUUUUGGCUAGUUACUAUUAAUUAUUAAUAGGGUUGUUAAUCGUUUUUGUAAACGAUUGUUAAACGAUCGUUUUUUGUUUCGUUUUCAAAAAGGAUCGUUCCGUUUUCUGACAAAAACUAACGUUUUUAAAAACGACCCAAUCGUUUUGAACUUUUAGAAAACGAUUUUUAUUAAAACGAUUUUUUCAUACGAUU